AUGCGUUCGGUCCUAAUCAUUGCCGCUUUGAGCACCGUUUGCUUCGCCUUGGACGCCAACGAGAAGCUGAAACGAUGCUGUUCGAAGCUGAAGGACGAUGACAAGGAAUGUGUGAGCCGAUUCUGCGAUUUCGAGGCCAUUUCUCAGGCUAACGUAAGUCUUUUUUUGUUGGUAUUGGGACCUGGUCGUCUUGGCUGCUUUUCCGUAGAUAAAUAUCUAAAAAUUCUCCUCAAAACGUCAGCUAAAAUCACUAAAAAUUGAUGGGUGAACAAAGUAAAUCUAGCACGCAAAAUUUUACGUUGAUAUUAGCUUCGUAUCUAGCGCAUCCCCUAUCAAAACAACCUUCAGUUUUUCCGAGUUUGAGCCUCUAUAACUCGCCCCUAUAUCAAAAACACCCUAAUUUUCCAGGUCCUAAACUACCUCUCGACCUGUACCGAGCGCGGAAAGACCGUCGGUCACAUGUGGGACUGCGCCUCCUCUCGUCACGAUCACACCGAAUGCUGUAAGGCGAAGGGAGUCAGCGGAAAGUGUCUCGAAUACUGCGCCGCUCACGAUGGAGUCCCCACCAACUACUUGGACUACUUGUUCUGCGUCGAAUCCUUCAACGAAAUCCGCGAUUGUUUCAAGGACUACCUGGAAAAGCACUAA